UAGGAUGAUAGGAAGCUACAAAGCUACUAAACCAAAGUCCAAGCAUGAUCAAUGCAGCGCCGCUGUCUGUGGUCCAUCCAUCAUCAUCUAUCAUCUCCGUCAACACUCAACAACAAGACCAAAUUCACCUCCUUAAAAUGGAGCCCUCUUCCCCACCAAAUCGCUAUAUCCGAUUCAAUCGAUCAAAUCGGAGGUUUCAAUGGAUGACAAGCCCCCUUUCGAGUUUCUUUCAAGGAAGCCAUACAUGUCGCCUUUUUGGGCUGCCCACCUCAAUCCAAUUCCUUCCCACAUCUUCUCCCUCGGCCAUUUCCCCACUCCAAUUCACCACUGGAACCUUCCUAAUUUGCCCAAGGGCACCGAGGUUUAUAUCAAGCGCGAUGAUCUUUCAGGAAUGCAGUUGAGUGGUAACAAAGUCAGGAAACUCGAAUUCUUGCUGGCUGAGGCGGUGGCGCAGGGUGCUGAUUGCAUUAUUACUAUUGGAGGGAUACAGAGCAAUCACUGCCGAGCCACUGCCGUGGCUGCCAAGUAUUUGAAUCUCGACUGUUAUCUUAUACUGUUCACUUCUGAGAAGCUUGUUGACAAAGAUCCUGGAUUGACUGGGAAUCUCUUAGUCGAACGUUUGGUUGGAGCACAUGUAGAUCUUAUUUCGAAGGAAGAGUAUGCUAGCAUUGGGGGUGUAGCUCUCACCAACAUACUGAAAGAAAAGCUGUUGAGCGAAGGCAGAAAGCCUUAUGUAAUUCCCGCGGGUGGUUCAAAUUCCUUGGGAACUUGGGGCUAUGUCGAAGCAGUUAGAGAGAUCCAACAACAGCUUGGAAAAGGGAGCGGUGGAAUAACAUUUGAUGACAUAGUCGUAGCAUGUGGAAGUGGAGGCACGAUUGCUGGCUUAGCACUCGGGACAUGGCUGAGUGGCUCGGCCACUAAAGUACAUGCCUAUUGUGUAAGCGAUGAUCCCGACUACUUCUAUGACCAUGUUGAAGGCCUAACCAAAGGACUUCAAGCUGUUGUUAGCUCACGUGACAUUGUCAACAUACAAAAUGCUAAAGGACUUGGCUAUGCCAUUAAUACUGCAGAAGAGCUAACUUUCAUGAAAGAAAUUGCCAAAGCCACCGGUGUUGUUCUCGACUCUGUCUACAGCGGAAAAGCUGCAUACGGGAUGAUGAGAGACAUGGCCGAGAAUCCCAGGAAGUGGGAAGGAAGAAAGGUCCUCUUCGUACACACCGGAGGUCUCUUGGGACUAUACGAGAAGACCGAGCAGAUAGUGCCACUGGUAGGAAACUGGCGUAGGAUGGACAUCUGGCGUCCAUCCCUCACCAAGUAGGCACCGGUAAGGUGUCUAGAUAGUACUUCUUUAGGCCUAUGUGAACAUGUAAACUUCAACUCAAGAAUAGGUGGAGUCAUGAUUCUUAGUUCUUACCUCUUCUGCUGUAGUAAUUUGUCUGAUUGCAUCUGUUCCAGUGAUAAACAAUAAACUUUGACGAU